AUGGGAACUCUCCCAGUCGAAUCGGCCCCCACAGUAUGGAUCAGCUCUGCGAAACGCAAGUUGGGCGGCGAGGGGCCUGCCUGGACAGACUACCGCGAAACCAAACGACGCCAGAUCAUCCCUGACAGCCUGCUUGACGGCUUCUCCAAGCUUCAGGUUCUCUCCCCACGACAACUCGAUGACCUGCCGCAAGAGAUCCUCCUCAAUAUCUUCCAGCACUUCGCAGAGCCAUGGGUCCUGACCGAUGACCUGGCCGACUGGGACGUGUACACGCUCGACGGGGAGAGCAAGAUCAGGCAGAAGACCUUGGUCGCUCUCACACAGACAUGCCGCAGGCUCAACGAAGCCGCCACGAGCAUCCUCUACAGAUGUGCCCACAUCCCAUCGUCCAGGUCAUUUACGCGCUUCCUCAGCUCCCUGUGUGUCCAGCCAAGCCUUUCGGAGCUCGUCAAGCAACUCUCAUGUGAUUUCCUGGUAACCAUAUCUCGCCACCCCCAAAUACUUAGGAGCGACCCAGCACCACUCAAUGCCGAACCUUUGGGGUCGGGAAGCCAGCAGACAGGGCCUUCUCGACCUAUCGGCAGGGCUUUGCAGACAUCCAACCCAAACAACAAAUCUGUUGCCAACGGUCACGUCCUCGAUAGUGUCCUGAAACACAUACCGGCUAUCAGAGCCCUGUCCAUCAGCAGCGUCCACCCAUGGACCAGAAUCUUUCCAGUCAGUAUGCUGCCGUUAGAACACCUCUCCAAAUUGAGAAUCAGCACGGUACAGCCACUUCGGCUCUACCUAUCAAGCUAUAAUGCCAGGAACGAGCCGGCGGUGAUAUGGCUGAACAAAUCGAACCUUGGUCGAUAUCCAGCCCUGAAGCAGGUGGAGCUCGUCCACCCCGAGGGCAAGUGGACUGCCAGCCUCGUCACCGUGGAGGCUGCGAACGGGUCUGGACCUCCCGUGAUGGAAAAGUAUGUCACAUCGCUGACUACAUGCUGGCGAGACAGCCUGAGAGCAGCUAGGUGGGAGCUCUUGAGCCUGGGACAGGAUAUAUUCGCCGCAGAGCACCUCCACACCCUCGAGUACGGACCUCAGCGCCAGAAAUGGGGGUUUUUCCCGCACUCGCGGCAGCUGCCUGGCUGGGAUCUCAACCGCUUUCUAGCCACCACCGGGCGGCGUAUCAGGUCGCUCAGCCUCGACUGGGAGACCACAAGCACGCCGCUGGUCCAGCUGGGCCCGACGGGGACGCUUACCACGCUGCCGAUGCUCACGUGCCUGACGCACCUUACCGUGUCGAUGCAGGUCCUCUUCCAACAGGCCGUCACCUUCCAGGACCAGCUGGAAUCCAUCCUCACAGACCCCGAGGCCGAGCUCGCACGGCUCCUGCCCGCCUCCCUCCGCGUCCUCCGCCUCAGCGAGUUCGUCCUCGGCGUCAUCUCGCCAGAGAACCAGUUCUUCGAAGACUACAACGUCGCGGGGUACAACUUCCUCCUCCUCAGCUUCAUAGAGGUGCUGCGCGCCUACUGGCUCGACGCCCGCCGCGGCAGGGAGCUGUGGUUCAGGCACUGCGUCGAGCUGGAGUACCACCCGCGCCUGGCCGACGUGCCGUCGCGCUGCCAGCUGAGGUGGCUGGUCAGCUCUCAGCGUCGCGGCGACGUCGGCCGACAGUUCGCUCGCGUUUACCCCAUGCUGCCUGGCAAUGCCGCCAGAUACCGCGACGAGACUGCUGCGAGCCAUGCGAGCUAA